UUUGUGAGACAGCAACAAUUAUUAUUAGUUUCAAAUCAGUGGUCAUUCAUUCUUGUAUUCUUUGCAGGACUCGCGUAUUUAGUACGAUCCUUUGGAACAUGCAGUGAUGUGGCGAUAUUUUGUAGUUUUCCUCGCGUGUCUUGAGCUGAAAGUAUCAGCGGAGGGACGUGAUUCGUUCCACGAGCAGCUUCUGUUGAAACCAUUACCGUCAGGGAAAGUUCUUGCACAUUUUCAAUUUGUUGUUCAGAGCAACGCAGAUUUCAGGCAGGAAGAGGAUUUUGUCCACUUCCACCUGUUCCCGCGCUCACUGGGUCAGCUCAUCUCAACGUAUGGCGUGCAGGAGCUGCAUGUGUCGCUGACGCAAGGCCUGUGGCGUACUGAAGACUGGGGCUACCCAGUACGCUCGGCACCACCGGGUGCUGAGGCUUAUGCCUGGUUUGCUACGAAUAGUAGCUUGGAUGAGCGAUGGCGUGAUGUGACGAAUGGCCUAUCCGGUCUUCUGUGCGCAUCGCUCAGCUCCAUCAACAGUGCAGGCACUGCACAGCCACGUAGGACACUGGAGCCAGAGGGUCUAGAUCAAGGCAAUCCUUCGUCUCGACUACGCUACUCUAGUCUUCCGAGGGAGAUAGUUUGCACUGAGAAUCUCACGCCCUUCAAGAAGCUCUUGCCAUGCAGUGAUAAGUCUGGCAUAGCUCAGCUGCUGAGCGCAAAGAGUGUGAUGGAUGGUGUGUAUCGGUCAUUGGCGCUUCACGUACGGCCAAUCUGCAGGGUGUCUAGUGAUAUCGAGUGUACAUCACUAGGUCUGGAGUUAAGUCUGAGCCUCACGCAGGUAGUGGACCUGCUAUCGUAUCACUCCACGCCCAACUGGAGCUUGAAGAAGCUGUUUCGUAGUCAGCUGCCCAGUGCCUGUCCUCUAGCAACAGUCAGCAGAGCAAUGGUUGACAUCACGCAGAAUCAGACCCUGUACGAAGCUUCUGUGACGCCCAAGCCAUCAUCCACACAAGUGCUCACACUCUUUGGGCAUCAGCACACAUUGGCAGUAUAUGACGCUCAUAAAAUUAACUCUAGUCGCCCUGUGAACAUCAUCUGGCGCUAUUCCACCCCUGAGACCUAUGCCAAGGUACCAAAGCCUGUGUUCUUCAUCGAGCGUUUAGCUACUGGCUAUGGUGAUCAAGAUGGUGGAUUGUUGGUACGCCUGCAUAAUACUCACCCAGACAAUACACUCUCGCUUACCUACAUGGAAACGACACUCUGGUACUUUCGCCUUCUGCUGCACACCAUGCAGGCAACAGUGAACGGACAGCCAGUCGAUCUUUGGCCAAACCUGACGUACGUGGCAGCUAAAGACCGUAAGAAACCCCACCAGCUCGAAUUUGAUCUGCAACUUCCUCCCAGUUCGGUUCUGGAAAUCCGCAUGGAGUUCGACAAAGCCUUCCAGAUCUGGAACGAGUUCCCGCCUGACGCUCAUCAUGGAUUCUACAUGAGUUCUGGUGUGGCACGUGUUCUCAACUUGAAGUCAAUCAAUGCCUCCGGCCUACUAGGACUACCACAGUCUUUUGUCAUGCCAUGGCAAAGUAGUCACGAGUCAUUGCUGGUUCAUUCACCACCGCUGCUGAUCAUGCUGCCCACGCCGGAUUUCAGCAUGCCGUACAAUGUCAUUUGCCUGUCCUGCACCGUUGUGGCGAUAGCGUUCGGCAGCAUGCACAACUUGUCCAUCAAGAGGUUUACGCUUCAAGCUGCCGCAUCAACAUCGCUGAAAGAUCGCAUCCUGAAACUCUUUCGCCGGGGUACUGCACAGAGCUAAGGUAUCUUUGACUCGCUUAGCUGGAGUACGACUCGUACCAGGUGUCUGGUUUGUAGUAACCCUGUUUACAAGAAUUUGUACAGAUCGCAAAGUUGUUGUUGAACUUGACAAGUACCGUAUUUUUCCGGUUAUAAGUCGACCUGUUACGACAUUAUGACGGUAAAAUACGGUACAUGUGCUGUGUUUACCAAGCUUCCUUCUUGCCAGAUCUCCUCAGCUCGGUAAACCCUCACUAUUGCCCAACUAGAAAUACGACUAGGGGUAGAUCUACUCCCUGGCCUCGAUCGUUUAGCGUUCCAUAUUCUCCUCUUAUUCUCCUGUCUAUAUUUUUUUCCUGCUCAGCCGAUGCCAAAGUGACGUAGGCAUCCCGGGGAUUGUGUGCUGGCGUAUUUCACAACCCUUCACAACCCUUGUUUUCUAACCCAACCUUUGACGUAUCCUCUUGUACAUCCCUUUGAAGUCAUUGCGUGUACUCCCUUCCCAUGUACAUACUAGUACUUGCAUUUAUUUGAUAUUUUGUUAGAGCUGUUCGUGUAGCUAUUGUACAGUGUUUUUGGCUGGCUAUUUACAAUGCACUUGUCACGCGUUAUGAGUAUAAUGUUACAGAGCGGCUUGUCUUGUAAAUACAGACGGUGUGCGUUCAGGAGCCAACAAGCCUGCUUGUACAUGUGUAAGCAUUUUGA